GCGGCAUGGCGGGCGACCACCGCCUCCUGCUGGAGAACGCGCGGCAGGUGGUGCUGGUGUGCGCCCGCGGGGAGCGCUUCCUGGCGCGGGACGCGCUGCGCAGCCUGGCGGUGCUGGAGGACGCCAGCCUGGUGGUGGGCACGGAUGGGUUUAUAAAAGCCAUCGGUCCUGCUGAUGUUAUCCAAAACCAGUUUUCUGAAGAAACAUUUGAAGAAAGAAUUGACUGUUCUGGGAAAUGCAUCUUGCCGGGUUUGGUGGAUGCACACACACAUCCAGUAUGGGCUGGCGAAAGGGUUCACGAGUUCGCAAUGAAGUUGGCAGGAGCCACAUACAUGGACAUCCACCAAGCAGGAGGAGGGAUCAACUUCACCGUGGAGCGCACGCGCCAAGCCUCGGAGGAGGAGCUGUUCAGCUCCUUCCAGCAGCGGCUGCACUGCAUGAUGCGGGCGGGGACCACGUUGGUGGAGUGCAAGAGCGGAUACGGCCUCAACCUGGAGACCGAGCUCAAGAUGCUCCGAGUGAUUGAGCGCGCCCGGCAGCAGAUGGACCUCGGCAUCUCGGCCACUUACUGCGGGGCUCACUCAGUGCCAAAAGGAAAAACUGCUACUGAAGCUGCUGAUGACAUCAUCAACAACCACCUUCCGAAGCUGAAGGAACUUAGCGGAAGUGGGCAAAUUCACGUUGACAAUAUAGAUGUGUUCUGUGAGAAGGGUGUCUUUGACCUUGAUUCUACCAGAAGGAUUCUUCAAGGUGGCAAAGAUAUAGGGUUACAGAUUAACUUCCAUGGGGAUGAACUCCACCCGAUGAAGGCUGCGGAGCUCGGAGCUGAACUGGGAGCCAGGGCAAUCAGUCACCUGGAAGAAGUGAGUGAUGAAGGCAUUGCUGCCAUGGCCACGGCCAGGUGCUCUGCUGUCCUUCUGCCCACCACAGCCUACAUGCUAAGACUGAAGCAACCUCGAGCGAGGAAGAUGUUAGAUGAAGGAGUAAUAGUUGCCUUGGGCAGUGACUUCAACCCUAAUGCCUACUGCUUUUCAAUGCCAAUGGUCAUGCACCUGGCCUGCGUAAACAUGAGAAUGUCCAUGCCGGAGGCCUUGGCCGCUGCCACCAUCAACGCCGCAUAUGCGCUGGGGAAAUCUCACUCACAUGGAUCUUUGGAAGUUGGCAAACAGGGAGAUCUCAUUAUCAUCAAUUCAUCCAGGUGGGAGCAUUUGAUUUACCAGUUUGGAGGCCAUAAUGAAUUAAUUGAAUACGUUAUAGCCAAAGGAAAAGUCAUCUAUAAAAAGUGACAGAUCUUAAAGGAAAGAGAAGACUCUUCAAUUGAAUAAAAUACAUCAAUAUAGUUAUAUUAAGAUACAAAUGACCUUAGUAGUUUACCACAAUGAUGUCACUUAAAACUAAAUGUAUUUUGUUGUUUUGUUAACCCACUCGUGAAACCAAGGGAUUCAUUUAUUACCACUUAAUAUGCAUCUGGACAUAGAAACAGGUAAACCAAUCACGGUGAUCGUCUCAAGACAUUAAAUUAUUUCACAAAGAGUUGCCAUCAAUAUUGUGAGGGUUAAGAUGAUGAAUUAUGAAAAGAACACAUUUGUGGAAAAAAGUGGAUUGACAAUUAGGUAGACAUGGCUUGAAAUUCCCAUUUUGUUUCCACUUUUCGAAUUUCAGUUCAGCAAUAUCUAGCGAAAACUGGGGGUGGAGGGAAAUCCAAGUGCCAUGCCCCCGCGUAAGCUAAAAUGUAGACUCUAUAACAGGCAAAGGGCUUUUCCUCUCCCUGCCCAGUCUGUCUUUCUAGAUGCUUUUUGGAUGCUCCAGGGUCCUUCCAUUUCUAAUUUCUUUUCAACCCUAGCUCGAAAUAGACUUCCCAACACAGUUCAAGACUUCCUGUAAUGAGUGCAUUCUGACCAAAUCCAAUAAUGUCACUUUUAAAAUUGUUUCUGAGGUUUUGAUUGCUCACAUUACAAACGCACGGCGAACAUGUGUGACUCUCAGUAGGUGCUCGCUGUCAUGGCUGCUGUCGUUUCCUUACUGCACGGGAGGCAGAACAGCGGCCUGGUCUGUGAGAGCUUUUCAGCAAAUAAACAAAUGACAGAGUUACUCGUAAAGGGUGGAUGGUUAUUUAUAUAUAUAAAUAGUUGCUGAGGAAGCCAUGUGAGUUUAUUUGAAAUAUUUUAAAAUGUUUUAACCAUCUGUAUGAUCACAACUGUACUAUCAAACUUUGUCCUAUGUAUGAAGGAACGAUUUGGAGAGUAAAUGAUAACUACCCAAAUCCUCACCCAUUUCAGGUGAACAGAGGCUGAAUCGAUAAGGCUUUACUGUGUUCAGCAUGAAUCAAAUCGAGAUACGCCUCGUUAGAAUGCUGAGGGUAACGGGGCACGUUGCUGUCACCACUGAUUGAGCAUGGGGCUCUGGCUGUCUUCCGCGCAUGCUUGGUGGAGGAGUCUUGAGCGGGCGUGGGAUCACCUAGUCAAUGGUGAGAAUUUGGGAUGUUGGCAAUAGAUAUAAAGGCCAACACUGUGGAUGAGGACUGUCCUGGAACCCAAGCCACACAGAUGUUUAUCCUUAUACUUAUAGAAUAAGGUGAAGCUCAUCCUGUUUCCCUCCAGGAGACACUCACUCAAAACAAGGAGUACUGGCGUCUUUUUUGAAGGAAAGCAGUAGAGGAUACCCACCAGGAACUACCUUAGUCCUCCCAGGCCAGUGUCUAAUGGUAACUUGCAACCCAGGGGAGCUUGCUAGAAACUCCGAACAUCAGCCUGACCCCAAACCUGCUGAAUUAGAGUCUGCACCUUAAGAAACCCCCCGGCUGAUCCGUGUUCCCAUUGAAAUCUGAGAAGCGCUGCAGCCUAAGACCCCGGCCAAACCAGCUUCCACCCUGUUCCUCAACAACACCGGCCUGCGUGUGCUGUUCAGGCCUGGCAGAACUGUCCCCUCUGUCUAGAUUGCUCUUCCUCUCUUUUCCAGGUGGGAAUCAGAGCUAGUCACUGCCCACCCCACAUGCUCUUUUACCUGGAAUACAGUUUUUAUACCACUGUAAUUUGCAUUGCGAGUUAGUAGAGGGCAGGGACCUUGGCAUGAUCCCAAGUUCUAGUGUGGGGGACUGGUUCACAGCAGGUGAUCAAUCAAUGAAUUAAUGAAUGGCUGCACAGACACACAGAUCGUCAUAGUAAAAAUUACUCAUCAAAAUCCUUGACGCAGGCUAACCUAGGGAUGCAAUUAUUGUGUGGAUUGGAAAGAGCCUAUGGGUUCCCUAAUAUAAUG